UAGUUUUCUGUCAUUGGCAGCUAUGGCGGAGGUGGUGGUCACCGAAUCUGUAGGCUCUGAUGUAAAUACAGCUGUCAAUUCUACGAUGGCAUAUUUACAAGACGAGAUCAAGAACGAGUCGGACCAGAUGCCUGCUCUGAACUUGGGAGACCUGGACAUAACCACGGAUGAGUUUAUCUUAGACGAAGUCGACAUUCACAUCCAGGCAAACCUUGAGGACGAUCUGGUGAAAGAGGCUUUGAAAACGGGCGUGGAUCUCAGGCAGUACUCCAAGCAGGUGGAGACGGAGCUGCAGCGUAUUGAGCAAGCCUCCAUCAAAGACUAUAUCAAGGAGAGCCAGAACAUCGCGUCCCUGCAUAACCAGAUCACUGCCUGUGACUCCAUACUGGAGCGGAUGGAGGGCAUGCUGAGCGGUUUCCAGAGCGACCUCUCCUCCAUCAGCAGCGAGAUCCAGACGCUGCAGCAGCAGUCCGUCAGCAUGAACGUGCGGCUGAAGAACCGCCAGGCCGUCCGCUGCCACCUCAGCCAGCUGGUGGACGAGCUGGUGGUGCCCGGCGCCAUGAUCUCGGUGAUCCUGGAGAGCCCCGUGACGGAGCAGGAGUUCCUGGAGCAGCUGCACGAGCUCAACAACAAGAUCAACUUCGCCAAGGAGCUGAGCUUCCGGGAGACCCUGGCCUGCUCUGACAUCCAGGACAUCGUGGACCGGCUCAAAAUCAAGGCCGUCUCAAAGAUCCGGGAGUUCAUCCUGCAGAAGAUCUACUCCUUUCGAAAGCCCAUGACCAACUACCAGAUCCCACAGAACACGCUACUCAAGUACAGGUUCUUCUACCAGUUCUUGCUGGCAAACGAGAGGCAGGUGGCCAAAGAGGUUCGGGAUGAGUAUGUGGACACCAUGAGCAAAAUCUACUACAGCUAUUUCAAAUCGUACAGCGGGAGACUGCUCAAAGUGCAGUACGAGGAGGUGGCUGACAAAGAUGAUCUGAUGGGGGUUGAGGACACAGCCAAGAAAGGUUUUUUCAGCAAGCCAUCACUGAAGAGCAGGAACACCAUCUUCACUGUGGGCCAGAGGGGGGCAGUGUUGAGCCCUUCAGAGCUGGAGGGACCCAUCCUCAUUCCUCACACUGCACAAAGAGGAGACUGCAGGUACCCCUACGAGACGCUGUUUCGCAGCCAGCACUACGCCCUAUUGGACAACGGCUGCAGGGAGUACCUCUUCCUCUGCGACUUCUUCAUGGUGGCCGGGAACUCCGCGCUGGACCUCUUCAACUGCAUCAUGGGAAAGACCCUCAGCAUGUUCCUGAAGAGCAUGUCCACCUAUGUGUCUGACUGCUACGACAGCAUCGCGGUCUUCCUCUGCAUUCACAUCAUCCUGCGCUUCAGAGCCAUCACCGCCAAGAGGAACAUCCCUGCCCUCGACAAGUACUGGGAGGCUGUUCUGGAGCUGCUGUGGCCCAGGUUUGAGCUGAUCCUGGAGAUGAACAUCCAGAGCAUUCGCAACACUGACCCUCAGAAACUGGGCCUGCUGGACACCAGACCCCACUAUAUCACGCGUCGUUAUGCCGAGUUCUCCUCAGCUAUCGUCAGCAUCAACCAGACAUUCCCCAACCAGAGGACCAAUGCCCUGCUGGGCCAGCUACAGGCUGAAGUGGAGAACUUUGUCCUGAAGAUGGCAGCAGAGUUCCCGUCCAGGAAGGAUCAGCUGAUCUUCCUCAUCAACAAUUAUGACAUGAUGCUGAGCGUGCUGAUGGAGAGAGCAGCAGAUGACAGUAAGGAAGUGGAGGGCUUCCAGCAACUGCUCCUGGCUCGGACGCAGGAGUUUAUUGAGGAGAUUCUCUCUUCUCCCUUUGGUGGAAUGAUUGCCUUCGUGAAGGAGAGCGAGGCGCUGAUGGAGAAAGGGCAGCUGGACAGGCUGAAGAACGAUGAAGCUCGGAUCACCCAGCUGGUUCGGGGCUUCUCCAGCACAUGGAAGCAGUCCGUUGAGGCUCUGAGUCAGGACGUCAUGAGGUCCUUCACCAACUUCAAAAACGGCACGGGCAUCAUACAGGGGGCGCUGACGCAGCUGAUCCAGUACUACCACGGCUUCCACAAGGUCCUCUCCCAGCCCACGUUCCGCAGCCUGGCCGUGCGCUCCGAGCUCAUCAACCUGCACCACCUCAUGGUCGAGGUCAAGAAGCACAAGCCCAACUUUUGAGGAGGGUGGGCGUGGCCUGGGA